ACUUUCUGUUGUAUCUACCAUCUUCUUUACCUAUCCUACGCAGCAUUCCCAAGCUCAAGAUUUUCCAGCGCCUGAAAUGAAAGUGGUCCCUGCAGUCAUCAGACCGUCUGACUCCGUUAAUCUGACUUGUGUGACAUCUCGGUCUGAUGUGUUUUAUUGUUCUUUCUGCAUAAACCAUCCAAACUGCACCUUCCAGCACUCUACUUCAUGCAGAUCAGCACAUUCUGGAAACGACCUAUUAAAAUGGUCAGGUCAAAGUGGGAUUGCAGUAAUUGAAUUGACUUGUUACUAUAUUGUCCAAACAUUUUCAAGGCCAUCAUCUAAUUCACCCCCCACUUCAGUCAUCAUUGUAGGACCCCCACAGCUGCUGUUGUUUCGUCAGCUCAUCAGUGAGACAGAUAAAGUUAAUCUGUCCUGUCAGACACCUCAGUCCCCUCUUGUGUCUCAGUGCUUUCUCUCAGUGGGGGGAAAGUCUCUCAGUGUAGUAAUGCCAUCAUGCCAGCUACAGAGCACUGGGAAGGAUUUGAUCCACUGGUCAGGCGUGAGGCCACCUGCACAAAUAUCACUGAGUUGUUAUUAUACAGUUGCAACAACCCCUCAACUGUCAUCUGACCCAUCUCAACCAGUCUCAAUUACUGUAGGUGUACAGAAGUCCACUUCUACAAAUGCCACUGAUUCAGCGUCUGUCACUGUUGUUGGCUCUGGGGGAAGCUGGACCACAGUGAUAGUCAUCUUUGGUGUGAUCAUGUUAGUGGGAGGCCUGAUCACCUCCUUUCUCUGCCUGAGAACCAGAAGAUAUACUUCCAAAAGAUUUCAAGUAGAUGCUUCCCCUGUUAGACAUGAGAAUCAUAGUGUAGCAUCUGGGAGCACUAACACUGCUCCUGGUGUAAUGGAUGAUAUGGCAAUGCCAUCUACUGCAGUAGACUCAGAAAUGACGGUGGGCCUGGAUCCUGAUCAGGAUUCUGCUCUGUAUCAUGUGUACAGCUCUAUCUCUGAUGUCCCAAACAGCUCCAACCAGAAGGAGAGUUCCUACAGUCUCAUACAGGAACAUUCUCUUCUUCAGUCUACAUAGGAAGACAAUGACAUUCAGUGUUGUGCAGAUGGACUGAUUGCAUUAGUAUUGACACCCUACUAAUUUAAAUCAUUACCAUUUAAAUCAAAACUUAAUAUGUCAUACAUGUAGCUUUGACAAAAAAAUACUUUAUUCAUUCUUUCAUAUCAAUGAAGCAUAAUUUGAUUUCAUUUGUAAUUAUGUGGAAUUAAAAUGCAAUUGAUACAGCUGAUGCUAUAUUUCAGUAGUAUUAUCUAAAUUAUUUAUUUAAUAUUUACCAAGGGCAACAUGUAAUCAUUUUAACUAGCUCUUUAUGAAUCGUACACUGAUUAUUUGAAAGUCAUGUAUUAUUGACACUCAUAAAGUAAAGCUUUCUUACAUCAUAUCCAGAUGUGGCUACCGAUGUGCAUAAAUAUCUGUCUAAAAUUACUUAUGUGUAAUA